AUGUAUCAAACAUUUCUUAUUAUAAUUACAAUCAAUUAUUUCGAUCAAAUAUUAGCACAACCAACACAAUUAGAACAAGAAGUAGUACAUUUUUGUGAUCCAUCAAUACCAAAUGCUUGCGGUUUGGAAGGAAAAUGCAUGCGACAUUUAACCGGUAAUCGGUGUCGUUGUCAAACCGGUCGUAUGGGUAUUAUGUGCCGCAGACCCUGUCAAGAUAUUUAUAAGUCAUGUAAACGUUGGAAAGAAGAAGAACGAUGUCAUUGGGCUAAGCCAAUUUUGCCAUUUUUUGAAGAUAAUUGCGCGGAAAGUUGUGGCUUAUGCCAAAAUAAUGGCCAAUCAUUGAAGAUACCAUUACCGCCUAUUCUUGAACCAAUAUCAUGGAUAAUUGGUCGAUGGGAAACGGAAACGUUAGCCGGUGACCGAUUCCCGAUAUCAUUUGAGCAUCCAUACAAGGAAAUCUUGGAUAUUUCACUUACCGAUGUACCAAUGUUCGAUCGUCCACCAGUUAAUGUUUUCAUUCGAGCAUAUACUAAGGAAGGAUCAGAAUACAAUGAAGUUGGCUUCAUGACUGGAAAACCAUUCCGUGAAUUAACUGGAUUUCAAGAAUACAAUAAGUCAUUAAACGGAAAUGAUCAAAUUGCUAUUGAAAUGGUCAGUAACACAGGCAUAAUAACAAUUGAAGAAGGAAUGCUACGAAAUGGUGAAAUUUUGCUCACUUUAAAAUAUAAGCGUGCAACUCCGGCAGCUAUUCAUUAUCUCUUAAAAAACUCACGACGACUUUUCAAACUAAAAAAUUGGAAUAUAUUAGUGGAAAAAACAUAUAUGGAAUAUUCAAAUGGUACUAUCCGGAAAUGGAUCAAACGAUAUCGAAGGACAAAAGAUUAUUUAAUGGAAUAUUGA